AUGAGUGAUCGCAACUGGUAUUACCAGACCCCAUAUGACGAUUCUGCGAGGAUGUAUCAGGUAGUACAGGCCCCAUAUUACGUUUACCCACGAGUGAUUUACGACUCCCAGGGGUCUCCAUCAGGUGCUAGUCCCAACGGUGCAAAUGUGCCUGGCACAUCUGUCUCCAGUGUCUCUGGUGCUGUGCCUAACGUCUCUGGUGCGUUAUCCGGUGUAUCAAAUGCUAAUGGUGCUUCCAGUGGUGUGCGUACGCAGAGCACGGGCGACUACUUGUACUCGUACUCUAAUGUGCCAAAUUACAUAAACUCGAGGCCGAUGCUUCUCUCCAAGGACCAGCGUGGCUCCACAGGGUCGAUAGCGUCUUUGCCUCACGCUGUGGGGAGUGCUUCCGAAGGUACGAUGCACUCGGUCACAAGCACAGGGACGUCGAUGUCGGGACCCACUACAAAUGUUUCAAUGAAUGGUAAUGCUGCGACAAGCACCAUGUCUGAUGACAUGGGAUCCAAAAAGGUCUCUAAGCUGAAGUUCAAGUCCUCGGUUAUGAAAGACGGAGACGUUGAGAAGAACGAGUAUACACUGGAUAUGAGCGAUACCGCCGCCAGAAGGAGAAGACAAAACAGAGAGGCUCAAAGAGCAUACAGAGAGAGGAAGGCUACGAGAAUUAACGAACUCGAAAAGACUGUUUCACUACUACAGGACACCAUAAAGGAAUAUGAACUGCAGAUGAACACAAUCCAUAUGCGACUGCAAACUUUACAGGAAAAGAAUGACAUUUUAGAAAAGAUCAACCAAGAGUUGAUUACCAACAAAGGCUCUCAAUCGAUACCCCAAGAACAGCUGCAACAACUACAACAACAGAUGCAAGCACAGUCUACUCAAGGUAACCCUCCUCCAAGCACACAUAUUCAACAUGUGGGUUAUCAGCAUGUAGUGCAAGCUGAUCAACCAAACAGAAAUUUGAUGGAAUCGAUAAACGAGUUCAAGCCAAUGACUGCUGUUACAUUAAAGAGAGAGGACCAGGUCAAUAAAAUUACCGAGGAUAAUGAGUCACAAAAGAGAUCGGCAGAUAAAGCCUUUUUACAGCUCAAUCCGAAGUUCCAGAAACAGUUGAGUACACCUGUUUCGCCAGAUGUCAACUCUUUACUGCUGGCAAAUAACGAAACUGUUAAUGUUGAAGAGAAUGAGAUUGAUAUGAAUUACAUGGCAAAGAAGGCAAAAACUGUUAAGGAAGGUAAAUGUUCUGGUUCUUCUGACUGUUGCAGUAAGAAGAGACAGGAAGCUGGUGUUGAUCCUAAAAAUAGUAACUGGAAGCCUGGUAGCUGUGGUACAUGUUCUUCUGACCCAUACAGUAAAGCUUUCUGUCAAUCAAUGUUUGCUGAACGUCGGAAACUUAACCAAGGCCGUGAACCUAACCUUACCCCCGAUGAGGUGCAGAAAUUGAGGAGCGAUAUGAUGAAUGCUGCUAGUGAAACCCCUACUGAUCAAAACAUUUAUGCCGGGACUCCAGCUGAGGACAAUGUUAAGGCAAAUGUUGAAAGACAGUCAGCUAAUGCAUCCAACGUUAAUGACAAUGCAGCAGGACGAGGCAACGCAGUCACACCUAUCAGUCCACCUAGUGUUGCUGACACAGCAUCAGCAACCACUAAGGAGCGUAAACAAAGUAUAGAGAAACUGGAAGUAACAUCAGAGAGAGAUGUUUCCAAUUGGGAAAAUCGUUCAAAUAGUGAUGGUAGUGCCACAUCUGCACAGGAUCAACCUACCCGUUCUACAUUCGAUAGAAUCAAGAAGCAUAUGGAAUACAAGAGAAAUUUCCCAACUAACUCAGGAAACUCACCCAGCAACCUGGAUAAUAUACUGGCAAAGCCUGUAUAA